AUGGCAGACUCAUCCCAGACCCUUCGUGCCACUUAUAACUCUCCAACAAACCCGACCUUCUCACACACCGCCGAAAUACCGUUCUCAACCUCAAAUACCACCUCCGAACGCACCGGUUACCUCUCUGCCCUCCGAAGUGAAACCAGCAAACUGCAAGACCUGAUCAAUGCAGAGCUGACGGCCCGAAUGGAGAAUGAUAAGGCUCAGCAAGCCUCUGACUUGGCUGCAUCGGCCAGGAAGGGCGUAGUUGACGAGAUCGCAGAAGAGGAGAACUACGGCGAGGAAGUCAUGGAGGAGGAUUAA